AUGCUGCCCCACAGGUGUUCACGAAACAUUUUACCAACAACGUUUCCUCAGAUGUCAGCAUCGAACUUGCAGUCAUUCCUCAGUACCCUCCACGUCGAAGGAGAUGACUGUGGUGAGAAAAACAACCUCCAGCGGCGCGAUGUUGAGACCAAAGACCAAACGGACUCGACAUGCAAGAUACCUCCCCGUCCCAGCACUCCCAUCGAUCAGAUCGACUGCGAUGACAGCGAGCGAGAAGGACACGACUAUGGUUUACAGCAAUCGCACAUGAGCCUCCCUCGUAAGCUGACUCUGGACGAUGAUUUCUGGAGCCAAGCAUCAAGUGCCCAGACCAGAAGGGCCGAGAUGGCAAUGCAAAAUGGCGCCUAUCACCCGCCGCCUCAGAUGAGGAAUAACAUUGAAGACGAGAGGGCGGAGGAAGCGGAGGCUUACGUGCUGCGGCGAAUGAUUAUCAAUGCUAGUGCAAUAAACCAGCCGCCACCCGCGGACCGCGAUACUGCAUGGACUACGCUACCGGAGGGGAAGCCUGCUGGACGGGCUGUGCCAGCGCUAGGAAAGUCUGGGAAGCAUGAACCAGAGCGGAGGAAGCGAGAGCGUAGCCUGUCGCCAAUAUGCUGCCGCAAACGACGACCCAUUCCUGCUAACCAAUCAAGGGCUGCUCCAGAGCUGGCAGAGUCUGGCCAGCAUGAUCCGAAACCAUACGACAGUAUCCUAAGCCGGUCUUCUGUAUACAGACCAUGA